AUGCCAGACAUGUCUGUAAUAGACUGCUCUCUUGACGAGGCGUCUUUCUUGAGAGGCCAGUCUCCAUCUCUCCUUCGAUAUUUGGCCCUUAUUGACAGCGAUCCAACUCUGAUUCAAAAAAAGGCAACGUCGAAAAAACGCACUAUUGCUGAUAUUCUCAAAGAGCACCAUGAGUAUUACGGAAUUCAUCCUAAACAAGAGACUGAAAGCGACCCAAGAAAGAUAACAUUGCCAGAGCGUCUUAUGACGCUUACCAAGACACAUCUCGUAUGUAAGUUCACAGAUGCUCAUGAUGACAUGACAUUUGAAAAUCUGGCAGCGUUGUAUUGCGCUUCCAAAGGGCCGAUUGAUAUUCCGCCUUUCGAAGUGGCCCUCAAAUUGCAUGGCGAAACACUAGAAGUAAGGACGAUACCCCGCGGGAAACAUAAGUCAUUGCUAUUGUUCAAAUUACGAAUCAACAGCCAGUACGCACCCUUCUUAUCAGCACAAAUGAACUUUGCUAAGAAGGCUCCGAAAAUUGACCCCAUCCAUCUUGAAAAGCCCACUUUGAGCCUUCAAAUUGCCCUUAACCAUGAGAAUAGGGGGUUUUCGCUAUAUAUUGGCAUUGAUUUCAAGUUAGAGAUUCAGGAGACGGUGAAUUACAGGUACCCCCUGGAUGCCAUCAAAAAGAUCCGCGAGCUCAGUCCAUUCAUUUUCACCCCGAUAUUGACGCCCUACCAAAGAGCUUAUUCCUCCAAACCGUUUCCUAAACCAACAGAGUCUUCAUUUUACGAUCUGAUAACCAAAAACACGGAAAGAAUGCCUUACGACAACAAAACAGUGGAAAUUCCUGGCGUUCGCAAGACCUUGCUGAAGUUUCAGCAGCAGACAUUGUGCUGGAUGCUCCGCCACGAGGGUGUCUGCUUCAACGAGGCUUCGAAGAGAAUUGAGAGAUUGCCGCCUGUUGAGUAUUCGCCUGAUGAUCCAAACGCAAUCUCUGAAGCACUGGACCAGAUAAGUUUUGGCUGGUCAUUCAUGAAGAUGGUUGACUCUGAUUCAUACAUUUGGUAUAAUUCGUACACCGGUAAUAUCCUUUCCACGGAUUUGGCCAUCGCUUAUCUGUCCCAGUAUGACCAGUAUCCAAAGAGCGCCAAAGCAUUGCUUUCCGAAGAGAUGGGCCUAGGAAAGACAGUCGAAGUCAUCUCACUCAUAUCAGUCAAUCCAAGAACAGAGCCUUAUGGGGAAACGAAGAUGGACAGCUUCAACGGAGGAAGAUAUAUUACAGAGGCCAAAACUACCUUAAUUAUAUGUCCACAGUCCAUUAUCGGUCAGUGGAGGCAGGAAAUUGAGGAUAUCUCCAAUACGUUGAAAGUCAUGAUAUACGAGGGUAUAUACAACUACGAGAGGGAAGCAGAGAGUUCAAAUACGAGUCUCACACCUUCUGAUAUGGCCGCCAAGAUUCGAGAACAUGACAUAGUGCUCGUAUCUUAUCAUACGGUUUCGCGAGAACUUCAUAGGGCGAUUUUCAAGCCUGUUGCGAGACCUACACGGAAAUGUGCUAAGAGGAUUAAGCUCACGCAGGGGGGCGGUGAUUACAAGGAAACUCCUGGAAUCAAGCUGGAACCUGAUGAGGUGGAAUUCGAGGACACUCAAUACGAGAGGACGGAUUAUUCCUCGCCUCUAAUGCUAUGUGAAUUCUGGAGAGUUGUUCUUGAUGAAGUGCAAAUGACUGCAAGCAUGACAGCAAAUGCCUCGAAAUUCGCGAGGAUCAUUCCCCGCGUACACUCUUGGGGUGUUUCAGGAACUCUGAUAAAGAAUAACCUGAAUGAUCUUUACUCUCUCCUAAGUUUCUUGAGAUUGAGCCCCAUCGACCUAUAUUCAAAUACGGGAGAGACCUCUCCGUGGCUCAGUAUAGUAUCCGAAGCUCCAUAUUUCCAGUUUCAGAGGCUCUUUAAGAAGAUUUGUCUUCGCCACACAAAGAAAAUGGUGGCAGACCAGAUUAAACUUCCCUCGCAAAGAAGAAUCUUGCUUCGUAUGCCAUUCAGUGUCAUUGAGCGUGAUAACUACGAUAAUCUAUUUGCAAACUUUCUUCGCCAAGUGGGACUCAAUGAACAAGGCGAACCAAUAGUUGAUGACUACGAUCCAGCCAGAUACUACACUACAAUGCGCCAUUGGCUUAUCAGGCUGCGACAGGUAUGCUGUCAUGCUCAACUAGGAUCAAGCGCAAGCAAUAGGCGUAGAUUAGGAGGGAUAUUUUUCAGCGACGAUAACGGAAGCGACAAAUCAGGUAUGAUUUUGGGAACCUUGGACGAUGUUCUUUCCAGUCUCAAGAAAACUACUUUUGACGAAUAUGUUUCGGGAAAAAGAAACAUUUACAGUCUGCAUUUGAGACGAGGAAAGAUAUACGAGUUUAUGAGACUUCCGGAGAAGUCCAUGGAGAUAUUUGAAAUGAUAAUGCCAAAAAUUGAGCUCAAAGUCAAACAGUUUCAAGAAUCAGGUGAAGAAAAUAGUGCCAAAUUGCGGUCGUGGUUGGAGCUGCUAUACCAAACCUACUUUCUUUAUGCAUCCUCACAUUAUCAACACUAUCGGCCAAUGCGACCAAUGCCAGAUGCCUUCGAUAGCAAAGGGCAAGUUCCUGAUGUUGAAGAGGAUGUGUUAAAUCCUGUCGAAGAGGUUGACUUGAAUACUCUAUCUGAAGAUGAGAAAUUGCAUUACCAGAUUGAAAACGAGUAUUACAGAAAGGCGGAUGAUUUACUCACACAGAUUCUUCAAGAGCCGAUAGCUAAAGUCAAUGAGGCGAUUUCCAAACUUGUCGAUAAAAUCAGCACCUAUUCGAAAUACAAAUUUCCCAGAAACGCGCAGAAGACAUAUUCUAUCCUGAAAGAGUUUGAUCUCGACAUUCCAAAUGACCUUUGGAAGGUUUGUAACACCGAGUCGGUGGAUGUGGGUGAGAAUUACGGUCACUCAAUGUACGCACAACUCUAUCAUGAAAGACUUUCCAAGACAGUCUCUGACCUGAAUAUACAGGGACACAUUAUCAAUGUUUGGAUUUCCAAGUUGGUGCAACUAUUGAAGGAGCCGGUUACUAAGGACGCCGAUAAUCAGACUACAGGUGAAGAAUACGGUGCUUCUCUCAUAAAUCAGGAGCUUGCCCAUACCUACCUAGAAGAGUUGCAGUUGAUCCUUGAGGACCGGGAGAAUGCGAUGAUAUUUUUUGACGACUCUUCUCAGAAAAGAGGAAAGGCGGUGAAGGAGAAGAUCAUUGUAAAUAUGAACCAACCUACAAAUUAUGAUCUUCAUGUUCAUCUGGACAAAAUAAGAAGAGCUGUACUUCCAGAAGGGGCGUACAACUCAAAGUUUUGCCUGCGGGCGCUUACAACAGAGGCCCAAAACCUAGUACUGGACUUUCAGAAAUAUGAUGAAAGCGGCAACGCGCUCUCAAGUGACUAUGAGUUCCUGAAUAAUUUGAGUCCAAUGAUCAAGAAGGAAUUUGAUUCUCAAAGAAAAAACAUUGUACAUCUCCGGACGAAGCUCUUUGAAACCCUAAAUGAUACAUUCAACACCAAGAUCACCUAUUUCAAAUCCUUGCAGAUAAAGUCUGACAUUGUCGCUAGAUACCUUCCUGUUAGACCUGCUGUUUCCCCUAAUAUGACCCCUUCAGAAAAGGCAGAACAGGAUUUAAGCGGCUUAGAUUUAGAGAUUCAGGCUUUGCAAGAUUCGGUACGUGCAAGUAAAGUCAGACUGACUUACUUGAAUAGUAUCAUCGAUGAUUCUUCCGAAGAUCAUGAAAAAGAAUCCAAAAACGAAAAGUUAUGUGUUAUUUGUCGAUCGUCCAUCGUAGUGGGCACCCUGACUACAUGUGGUCAUCAAUUCUGCAAAGACUGUUUGGGAGAGUGGAUGAGACUGCAUCCUACUUGUCCAAUGUGCAAAAAACGUCUACAUGCUUCCGAUCUGUACUCAUUUACAGUGACCCGGAAGGAACUGAAAGGAGGAAUGAUGGCUGACUCACAAGAUUCUGCAGAGUCAAAACCCAUGAGCGAGGUCAAUAGGGACCUUUCGCGACUUUAUCAUUCUUUAGAUCCGACGAUGCUUAAAGAGAUCUCGUCAAUUGAACUGAAGAAAAACUAUGGCUCCAAGGUGGACAUGAUUGUUCGACAAAUAAUUUAUCUGAAGCAGAUGGAGCCAGACGUUCAGAUUCUUGUUUAUUCGCAAUGGACAGACUUUCUUAAAUUCUUGGGAAGGGCGUUGCGUCAAAAUGGCAUCAGUUUUCUCUCCUCGUCAGAUGUCACUCACGGUGAACCUAAUACUAAGAAAGGAAGAAGCACUUUUGGCAGCAAGGAGAUUGACAAGUUUAAGAGAGAUCCGCGAAUCACGUGUUUCCUUCUGAACGCUAAAGCGCAGGCUGCCGGGCUUACUCUCACGAACGCAUCGCACGUGUUUUUGUGCGAGCCGCUGGUCAAUCUGCCUUUGGAGCUGCAAGCUAUCAGUAGAAUCCAUCGAAUUGGCCAGUCUCAAGAUACUAAAGUUUGGAACUUCGUCAUUGAAAAUUCCGUUGAGGAAUCUAUUGCUAUUCUCUCAACCAAAAAGAGAAUGGAACUUGUGCGCAAGAGCAGUCAUUCAGAAUCCACGAUUGAAGAUCUGGACGAUGAUUUGGUGGAUGCUACAGAGUUAUCCAAGACUUUAACCGGUCUUGUAGAUAAAAAAGUCAGCGGCGGAGAGGUUGUUUCCAAUGAUGAGUUAUGGGCAAGUUUCUUUGCGGCCAAAUCUGGCGAUUUGGUGGACUCUAUUGUGGCGCAUCCAGAGUGA